AUGUCGAUCGUGGGCCACUCGUCGAGCCAAUGGACCCUCGAGGAAGCCCACGAGAUCGUCGGCCCCCAAGUUCGGAAGACUCCGACCGAACCCAUGAUCAGCACUGUUCAUGUUCAUUUUGUCAAGCGUAUGGGCUUGGUCAAUCUUGCCGUGAUCCGCGUACAGAACACUGACAAGGGGAUCCCAGAACAGAUCGCAGGUGUCUUCUCCUUCCAGUUCAAGACUUUGGCUCGACUGGGCAUAAAAACACAUACUCUCUCCCAAGUUCCUCGUCCAAAGAGUCCUCGUCCUACCCCAUUCAACCAUACCAGACGGCAGACCAUCUCAUACUUCACCAUCAACACUACCACCAACCCGACUUCUUUUCUGGAUACAUCAUCGGCUGCAAUCAGCAUGUCCACCCCAGAAACCCUUGUCUCCACAAUCGCCCACUUCCGCAACCACACCUGGGCCAACACCCUCCUCUCCUCCCCCGACUACACCCCCAUCAUCACCGACUCGCGCCUCCCCAAACCCGCCACCGGCGAAGAUGCCUUCUUCAGCCAAACCAUGGCCACCCCGUCCACGAUCCCCCAUGUCCUCACCCUUCGGCGCCGUCAAUUAACCUUUCCACUCUCUCAUCCCCCCUCCAGCUGGCUCCCCAUCACCAAGCAAGAUGCCGCCCCCCAGAAGAGUGGCGUCCCCGCUCUCCCCGGCGCCACACCCGCCGAUAUCAUCGUGCUCUAUGACUUGGGCGGUGCAGGUAUUGCGGGUCAUCCGUCGACGGUGCAUGGUGGGUUGGUCGCCACGUUGAUUGACGAGGCCAUGUCCUUUGCGAUGGCUGCACAUGCUGCUUCUUCCCUUUCUUCUUCGACGGUUCCGGCGAAUGAUAAGACCCUCCGCGGCAGAUUGUUCACAUCACAAUUGGAUGUGCGGUAUAAAAAGCCCGUGGUGACGCCGCAAUUACUGGUGGUGCGGGCGCGGGUGAUUGCGCGGGUGGGGAGAAAGUAUUGGGUUCGGGCUCAGGCGAUACAGGAGGAUGAGGCCGGAGCCGGGGGACAUUUGGAAUGGACGAAGAGGAAGGUGGUCAAGGCGGAUGCGAUGGCCUUUUGGAUUGUUGUCCCGCCGGAGAAGGAAGAAGAAGCAAAGCUGUAA